AGUUGUUUCACCUUUUGGGGUCUGCUGGGUGGAGGUAAUAUUUUUUCAAUCAUUCAAAUCGGUGCAUAAUUAACUAGUUGUUAGAUUGAAUUGUCCAAACACGUAUUAAUUUCUACGUCUAUCGUUCUCUCUUUCCAUAUCUAUUUAAAAAGCAGUCAAACUCCAUGUGGAAGGCGUUCUCUUUGGGCGGCCGCUCCUCAGGGCGGCGGCUCUUAUCGAGCACUCCAUUAAGCGAGGAGUGCGCGUCUUCGUCUACGCUUCGAAGGUCCUUUGCCAAUAUGAAGACGCCUUUGGAGGUCUCGACACGAGAGCAUCUAGGAAGGAGGAGAGGGGGCCCCGUUCUAGGAAGUAGAAGUAGAGGAGGGGUCCUAGGACUAGGAGGUCCACAGAUGCGACACUAUCGACAUUGGGCUGCCCCAGCAGUCGACGAUUUCGCGCUCCCCUCACAUUCGAUGCCCGUCGACAUCAAGGACCUUCUGAAGGACCCAUCAAAGAGGGAAUUCGACUACUUGUUAAGGCCAGGAAAAGUGUCGGACUAGCACGAUUAGAGUAUUAGAGAGAAGUACUACUCCUGCUGUAAUAAAAGUAUACUAGUGCAGCUGUAGUUAUGAUGAACAGAUGUUCUAGAUGAUCUGCGUGCUAUCCUCCUUGGUACAUGCAUUGCGACAUUUCGUGAAGAUUUCAGAGAACUGCGAUUAUUUCAGAGUUGAGUUGUGCUACUAUCAGCCAUUUGUUAUAAGUCCCCCUCGAAUAUGAGACCACUAUUGGUACUGGCGGAUCCGCAAAGAAUCGACGGUCAUGCAUCCGGAUCGCCUAGUCACGCUGACGUAUUGAGCACAUCUUCUAGAGACUUCUUUUUCGUCGUCCUACUUGUUCAUUCCCCUUUAUCAGUCGUUUAAAGAAGAGUCGUUUCCUGAAUUCUAAGGCCUAUCAGAUUGUUCAUUCCCCUCAUCAGCAUCGUUCCCUGCCUUCGGCAUGGUGGAUGCUAGUAAGUUACGAGAUCUGCAGAUGAAAACGAAGUAUCAUGAUCUCCGUCCUCCUCAACAUCACAUUCUUACACCCUUAUAGAUACACCAGAAGUAUUACAAUUAACAUCAUUCUUACCCUUAUAGGUACCAUCCCAGUAUUACAAUUACUUUCAUCCCCCAGAAAUCUAAGUAAUCUCUUAUUAUUACCGUUAGUUACCAGUAUUACUUUCCACCAGGAGGAAUCUCUUCCCCCUUGAAAAAAAUCUAGGUACAAGCAGCUCGCUUACGACAUGGGUAUGCCUGUGGUAUCGGAGACACUGGAGCAUCAUAUGGGUCUGAUUGAGCUGUACGAAUAUCUAAAGUGCUCUCCGAUGAUUGGAACUUUUGGUACGGUCGAAAACCCGACAAUUAUCCCCUCUUUAUUAAGGCUUCCCCUAAUGGUCCAUUUCCAGAUGUCGAGAGAAGCAUCCUAGCGAGGAUCUUCAGAGGUUCUAAUGGUCUCCCAUUUUGAGAGAAGGCUUUUCAAGGGGAGAAUCUUCAGAGAAGGCUUUUCAAGGGGAGAGAGGCCGCUUUUCAAGAAGAAAAGGGCCCUGAGAGGCAGCUUUUCAAGAUGGAUAGGGGGAAGCUCUAACUUUAUCGGAUAUUCGGCAAGUCUGUUGCACAGGCGGAACCGGUGAUAACGAACAUGAGGCGGUCUUGUACUACUUACUUCUACUUUUAGCUUGAGCAGCACUGAUGUUUUGGCGGUCUUGUACUACUUGCUUCUACUUUUAGCUUGAGCAGGACUGAUGUUUUUGAUCUCAUUUGUUGUACUUGAUGUAUUUCACGUUGUUAAUCUAGAAACAUUUUGAUUUUCUUGUCCACAAGUUCGUAGGCUUUUCGAGCUGCGUGAACGAACAUUCACAUUCAUAAAUUUCAUCCGAACAUGUUGAAUAUGUCCUUUCCUUAAAGCCCAAACCCCAGAAAAUCCACUUCAGAUUCAAUUGCCGACUUCAGGUUCAAUUCCAAACCCUAAAAAAAAUCUGCAAUCUCAGUUUCAAUUGCAGAGAGGGCUUUAUGUAUCGAUGUGCUGAAUGCGAUCAGAUUUUCAUGCUAGUGCGCGUAACCUACGGCAAUUCCUGGGUGGACGAGACGUAUAAAGACCACAAGGAAAUUUUCGCCAAGGACCCAGACGUCGAUGACGUUUUUGACAUCAAACUGUUGGAGCGGGGUACUAUUGUAUGGAACUUCUUCAUAAUUUUUCUAGAGUAGAAGACGAGUUUAUAAUAACGCCAAGAGGAAGGUAGCUCGUAGUAGUACCUGCUUCAAAAAUGAAAUCUAUGUGUCGUCGUGACUCUACCAGCAAGAAAUCUAAAGACAACAUGAGCUGCAUUCGUGAUUAAGUUCGUCGCAAACGUGAUUCUUACUACAAUCCUCAAGGCCACCGCAUGUGGAACAGUUCGGACAUGUUGAGGUGGGAGAUGGGUGCUCAAGCCGUGAACGCCGUUCCGACGCCUGAGGAUGGCACGGAGGUGAAAAUGCCUGUUAUCCGGGAAGUACCCCUCAGUGUUGACAAUGACAGUAAGAGGAUCGCGAAGUAGUAGAGUUGUUCGAGGGGAGGAGGUGGAUGACUACCUUGGCGUAGAUGACUGAGAGGUAACCUAAAAGGACGGACCCUAAAGGACGACGCCUGCUGGAGGACGAGAAGUUUUGAUCUGGAAAUUACAUGUUUCGUCAUAAUCAAGAUGAAAUGUGCACUCAUUUUCAGGUAGACAAGGAGUUGUAUUUUCUUAAAUGAUCACGAUGUGCACAAGUACUAGGACAAGGAUUGCUCUUGUCUUUGCCGCUCUAUCUCGUCUCCUAAUAUAUACUAAUGUUCGGUUCUUUUAGACCUACACGUGAAAGAAGCUCAAAGAUGUGAAAGAAGCUCAAAGAUGUGAAAGAAGCUCAAAGAUGUGAAAGAAGCUCAAAAAUUAAAUAUCUACGUGAUGGAGAAGAGAGCUCAAAGAUCUCCGCUAGAUGCCGCAGAGGUCCGCGAUGAAUUGUAGCGCAUCUUCACACCAAGAGGAACUACAUCACCACUCACUAAACUGACUGAUUGUAGUUCUUCUACUGGUGCGUCCUCCUGCUCGUGUGUGGGAAAAGCGCUCAACAACUGAUUGGUCUUCUUCUCUUCCGCGUCCUCCUGGUCGUGUGUGGGAAAAAGGUCUCAGUGCUGAGAAGAUACCCAUGGUCGUUUCCCCCAGGUAUCCUUUUCGUUCCUUCAUCUGAUGAAGAUCGCAAUGAAAGUAGGAAGAUCUUGGCGAUCAGCGCUUCAUGUAGUUUCAACGUAUCAAACUGAAAAACACAAAAAACACAGGAGGGGAACUUACGCUGAGGUCUUUCUCUUUCAGCAAAUGAAAAAGCCUAUAUCUUCGAGUAUUCUUUUUCUCUUGUGCUUCGAAAAUCUCGUCUUGCAUUCAUUUUUUAUAACACCCGUAGCAAGCCACACCACGUAGAAGUCAACUCGCUAAUAUCUUGAGAAGAAUAUAAGAAUAAUACAUCGUAAGAAUACAACAUCAAUAGCUAGCUAACUAACUAACUAACUAACACAGCACACAUAACAUAACUAGCUGUUCGUAUUUCGUCCAUAUUGUAAAACCAAUAACUCACGGGGUAGAUACUUACACCAUUUCGAAUCAGAUCGUCUUCGCUCAUCUCCAUCGAUUGAAAGAAUGUUCAUAACUGAUGAAUGAGGCAUGAUGACGCAGCACUUUCAAUCUUCUAAUACUAUAGGUAUCGCACAAAUCAAUCAAAACUUAGAUUGCCAUAGGUAAUAGCUUUUCUGGUAUCACGACACAGUCAGCAUUUUAUUGUGCAAGCAUGCGAAGAAUUUAUGACCACCUAUCACCUAACGCACAACUAACAUAUUGCGAUGUAUUUUAUGUAUCUCUUGUGUUUUUUCCUACUUAGGACUGCUCCACCACAAAGUAUUGAAGAAUUAUUUCUAUCUGAACCGCAGGAUUAUUCCUUUCUGAAUCGACGAUUCUUCUGAUUCUGUCUAGCAAAAUAGAAAUCUGAAAUCUGAAGAUAUAUAUGGGCAUCGACUCUGACCAAUAGUUCUAGUCGUUUUUUUUUCUGGUAACUUCGAUUGAUUGUUCGAGUAGCUGAUAAUCAAAUCUGAUUGAUUGUUGCUGGUUCUGCUUCUACAUAUUACUGGUUCUGCUUAUAGUAUUUUUUUUCUGUCCUUGAAUAUAUAUUUCUGUAGGGAUCAUGGAUCUUGUGAUAUACUGAAUACCAACGUGAUCGAGA